AAACCCUGAAAUGGCAGUCUACUCAUACUCACAUUCUUUAGCAAUUUGGCCUUAGAUCCAAGUAUGUUCAAUAAUGAGAUCAGUAAAUGGGACUGGGAAAAAAAAAAAACAAGAAGAAAGAAAGAAAAAAACAGUCCACAAAAAAUAUAAUGCCAUCAGCAUUUUUUCUUACUAAAUUUUAUUCUGUCUUCACAUCAAUAAAUAGCCAUCUUCCUCAGCUCAUAAUGUCACUCCAAAAUCCAAAUACAGGAAGAGAAGAUGACCAAUAUGGAUUUCCACAGUGGUUUAGAGAGCCAAAAUCAAGCUUCGCAACAACCACAAAAGGGCACCACAUUCCUUAGAACUUGUUUCAAUGGGCUCAAUGCUUUGUCAGGAGUAGGGAUACUGUCAAUUCCAUAUGCACUAUCAGAAGGAGGUUGGCUAAGCCUAAUUAUUCUUUUAGCAGUGGCCCUUCUUUGUUAUUACACAGGCUUGCUCUUACAAAAAUGCAUGGACACUGAUCCCCUAAUUAAAACCUAUCCUGAUAUUGGCCAACUUGCUUUUGGAAGAAAAGGAAGGCUUACUAUAUCUACCUUCAUGUAUCUUGAGCUCUACUUAGUUGCCGUCGAAUUCCUUAUAUUAGAAGGUGACAAUCUACACAAACUAUUCCCAAAUGCAUAUUUCCACCUUGGUGGAAUCAAAUUGGGAGGAGAACAAGUGUUUGUAAUAUUCACUGCACUCAUUAUUUUGCCUACAACAUGGCUGAGGAGCUUAGGACUACUGGCUUACAUUUCUUUUGGUGGGGUGUUGGCUUCUUUUGUUCUUCUUGGUUCUGUUUUUUGGGUUGGUGCAAUUGAUGAUGUUGGGUUUCAUGAGAAGGGAUCACUUUGGAGAUGGAGUGGAGUUCCCACAACAAUCAGCUUGUACACUUUUUGUUAUUGUGGCCAUGCAAUUUUUCCAACACUUUGCAAUUCAAUGAAAGAUAGAAGUCAAUUCCCCAGGGUUUUGCUUGUUUGCUUUGCCCUAAGCACUAUCACCUAUGGAUCAAUGGCGGUGCUAGGAUACCUCAUGUUUGGACAGAAUUUGGCAUCACAAAUCACUUUAAAUCUUCCAACCUUCAAAAUCAGUUCCAAAAUUGCCAUUUACACCACAUUAAUUAACCCCAUCACCAAAUAUGGCAUCAUUGUUGCUCCAAUCGCGACGGCAAUUGAGGACACGUCAGCAUUCCGCAACAGCAAAAUUAUUAGCAUCCUCAUCAGAACAGCCUUGGUAAUUAGCACUGUGGUGGUAGCUCUAACUAUACCAUAUUUUGGAUAUGUGAUGGCUUUCAUAGGUGCAUUUCUGAGUAUCAGCGUUUCCGUGUUGUUCCCAUGCCUAUGCUAUUUGAAGAUCAAGAACGCAUAUAGAAAGAUUGGGUUAGAGUUGAUAUUCAUAAGUGUAAUAUUGAUUGUGGGGGUAAUUGUUUCAGUGGUGGGAACUUACAUAUCAUUGACAAACAUUGCUAUACAUAUCAAGACACAAUAAUGGAGUAGUUUAUGGAGUUUUCAGAUUCUACAUAUUAAUUAUUGAAUGAGAUGUAGCAAGUUAUAAAUUUUUAUUUUUUUUUUCAAUUCGUGCUAAUCGUUUGUAACAUACGUACUCUUAUUGUAAAAGUACACUUAUAAACAUAUAGUGCAUGUGCUUAUAAUAGUUCUACAGAUAAACAAAUUUCAUUAAGAUUGCACGUUUCAUGUGCAUCCUUUUACAUUUUAUAAAAGCAAAUGACACUUAGAAUAAGUGUCAGUUUUACAGAGUUUUUUUCCUGCCAAAAAUAAAAAAAAGUCAAAAGAGCCUUUUUUUUUUCAUGAUACUUAGCUCUUUACUGAUUCAGUA